AGCCCGUUAUGUUCUUAUUGUGUCACUACUUUAAUUAAAAUGUAAGUUUGAACUGUAAUAAAUAUUUUCGGCACUCGCCGGACGUUGAUUUCGGAAGGAACAACGUGGCUUUGCCAUCUCUGUUUCUUUACUGGAAAUAUUGCUGUUGCAGGUAUUUCCAGAGGGAGUCCUUAUAUGAUGUCCUGUACAUCCAGUGGCUUGUGUAUGAGCUGCCUCAUUCCCUCAUGUAUAUAGCCAGUGUUACAGAAGAAUAUGCACGUGUAAAAGUUUAUUUAACACUGCAUUUGGUGUGGCAGAAUUCUUCUACAAGAGAUUCUGUUCGUGUGAAAACAAAGUUGCCUCUCGCAGAGUAUUGUCAAAGAGUGUCUGGAGGGUUCACAAAGGGUCCACAGAGAACAUUAAGUGAGAAUGGCAUCAGAGAAUGGAGGACAGUUCAUGUUCCAGACAGCUGAUUUUGUCUUGCUUGGCAUAAUAUCUGCCGUGUCAGUAUUUAUUGGGAUAUACCAUGCCUUCACCGGAGGUCGGCAGAAGACCACGUCCGAGUACUUGCUGGGCAAUGGGCACAUGCAGGUCAUACCCGUGGCUGUGUCACUAUUGGUCAGUUUCCAGUCGGCUGUCCUGAUGAUUGGCUUCCCAGCAGAGAUGUAUGUGUAUGGGACCAUGCUCUGGCUGUUCGUCCUCACUGCCAUAUCAGCUAAUAUCCUCUCAGCCAUUCUUCUGGUACCUCUCUUCCAGCCUCUCAAACUUGUCAGUGUCUAUGAGUAUCUGGAGCUGAGGUUCAAGUCUCGCUUUGUUCGCCUUUUUGGAUCUGUUUUGGGAAUCUGUGUAACAACAUGGUACAGUGGUGUGGUUUUGUAUGGUCCAGCCAUAACACUGGAGGCAGUGACUGGCACCCCAACAUGGCUCUCCAUUAUCAUCAUGGCAGCUGCUGGCAUUCUCUACACCAGUAUCGGUGGUUAUAAGGCUGUCAUCUGGACGGAUGUUUUUCAGUUCCUCGUCAUGAUAAGUGGGAUGGUGGCAAUCAUUGUCAAGGGUGUGAUAGAUGUGGGUGGUAUCAGCCGAAUGUGGAACAUCUGUGAGACAGGGGGUCGGAUAAACUUCUUCAAUUUUGACCCAGAUCCUACAGUUCGACACACAUUCUGGUGCCUUAUUCUGGGAGGAACUGUGCGUAAAUUUGGCUACAACCUAGGACAACAGGCCAUCCAGAGAAUGUCCUCAAUGGACACGAUCAGAAAAGGGCAAAAGAUUGUCCUAUUGGCUAUACCAGGAUUUGUAACCUUUGGAACUCUUGCUUGUUUGGAGGGGCUUUUGGCAUACGCAUAUUUUGCUGAAAUAGGUUGUGAUCCAUUAGAAGCUAAGAUGAUCAAAACCAAUCAAGUAUUUCCUUAUUUCGUCAUGUCCCUGUUCCAUUCCUAUCCGGGACUACCAGGAGUGUUCCUCUCAUCUGUAUUUAGUGCAUCGCUGAGUACUUUAUCCUCAAACUUGAAUUCCAUCUCGGCCAUGAUAUCGACAGACUUUAUCCAGCCAUAUUUUCCAAAAUUAAAUGAUCUUAAAACUACAAUCAUCGCGAAACUUACAGUGGUUGUGUUUGGAUUGAUAGCAGUUGGGGUUUCGUUUCUAGCAGCAAUGACAAAAGGGCCCUUGUAUCAGGUAUCUUCAAUUCUCUUGAGUUCAUUUGAUGCACCCCUGACUGGGAUAUUCCUUUUGGGAGCUCUGAUGCCUUCUACCACAGCCAAGGGUGCUAUGGGUGGUGCCAUGUGUGGAUUUGGGCUGACAUUGUGGAUAUCUAUGGGAGGGGCGUUUUCUGAUGGCAUUCCGCAGACACCACGCUUGCCCUCCCCAGGAAUUGACCACUGCCCUAACACUAACGUGACUAGCCUCAUGCUGCAGACUGUCUCACAAGCCAACAUCACCAAUUCAACAUCAGAUAUAUAUUCAUCACCCUUGGUCAAGCUUUACUCUUUGUCCUAUAUGUGGCUCUCAACAGUCGGGAUUCUUACCACAGUCAUUAUUGGAUACAUACUCAGCCAUGUUACAGGUGCUAACAAGCCAGGUGAUGUGGACCCUCGUUUUCUGAUACCUGUCUGUGAUAAAUUGUGUUGUUGCCUGCCCGAGUCAGUCAGAGAGCGCUUCCGGCCAAGUGACCUAAAAGUUGAACUAAAUGGCACAGAAAAAUGUCUUACUGAAUCCAAACAAAAACCAGAGAUACAAGGGGUUAAAUUUGAAACAAACAAUGAAGAAUGCAAUGCUCAGUUGGUGGCCUGCACUAAGCUGUGACGUGACCCUGCUGGAGCAUACUGGUUGAAACUGAACCAGACUGGAUAAGACUGGACCAGACCGGUUGAAAGUGGAUUGCAUAUCAUGUCAUGGUUUUCUGAGAAAGGACUGUUAUGGAUGUUAUCAAUGAAUAAAACUUAACUGCAGACUAUAAAUGUAACUGUAUAACCUCAUGUUGAUGAUAAAGUUGAGUCAUUAUUCAGUAUAAACUAUAUACUUUUAGGUUCUGUUGUUUCUUCAAUUUGUGUCCAAUGCAGGAGGUGUGGGUUCAUUCCCAGUCAUGAGCAUGAAUCCCAGAUGUUCUUCCAUCCAGGUAGUGUGCAUGAUUACAAAUUGUUAGUAACUUGUCAAAGGUAUGUGGCUCUUUGUGGGCACUCUGGUUUCUUCUGCAGAUGGAAGAAACUGACCAUCUUCUUUAAUCGAAAGAUUGUUAAGUUUGACUUUAACAAUAAUCAAAUUACCAGGGUUACCAGGGCCCUAUCAAAGCUCAGCAGCCUUGAAGAAUGUCCUAGUCAUGAAUUAUCAUAAAGGAAAUCACUCAGAAGUUUGAAAAAAAGUCACUAAAAAGUUGAAGAAUUUGUUUUGCCCUGAGGGUUAGGAUGUUAGGAUUAUAACAUAUUCAUCACAUUUCUGGUAAUCCUGUGGAUUUUUAUUUCUCUCUUAUUUCAGUCUCAUGGUGAAAUAUAUCUUAGUUACACCAUCUAAUGGUGCAAUAAGUGUCUUCAGAUUUUGUCAUUCUGCAUCUUGGAAGUUAGGAAUUAUUGUCAGAUUUGUUCUUGGAGAAUAUCUGUGGCAGUCCUGUUUUAAAUAAAUGAAUGGCAUAACUGACAAUGUAAAUAGACUACGAGGCAUUUCAGUUCUAGUUAUAUAUGGACAUUUUACUUUGUAUGUAUAAAUUACAUGUAUGCCUGAGGCAUUUAGUUUUUUUUGCAACCAUAUGUAAGUAAAGUUAUCUCUGCUAUGCAGUGGCCAUAUGCAGCUUUUAGCCCUGAAUUCAUGUGAUACCGGUACAUUGCUAGAUCCCAUACUGUUAACCAGUUUGAUAGCUUCAGUUGGCGGUUACAUAUUAUGUGUUUGAAACUGUAAACUUGUGUGUCUGUGCUAUACAGUGGCUAAGUGCCAUGGUAUAAACUGUGUUACACAGUGGCUAAGUCCCACCGUGUUACACAAUGGCCAAGCCCCUUGGUGUUAUGCAGUGGCCAAGCCCCAUGAGUGUUACGCAGUGGCCAAGCCCUAUGGUAUUACACAGUGGCCAAGCCCCAUGGUGUUACACAGUGGCCAAUCCCCUUGGUGUUACACUGUGGCCAAGCCCCAUGGUGUUACACAGUGGCCAAGCCCCAUAGUGUUACGCGGUGCCCAAGCCCCAUGGUGUUAUGCAGUGGCCAAUCCUCAUGGUGUUACGCGGUGCCCAAGCCCCAUGGUGUUAUGCAGUGGCCAAUCCUCAUGGUGUUACACAGUGUAUGCAUGUAGCCUUAUUCAUGUCAUUUAGUACUUUCCAAAUAAGUCUAAUAGUAUUCAGUUUAUUGUUGUAUUAACUUACCAUACAAAAUCAAUAAAUCUAACAAACAGAAUGUACCUGUUAAAGCAUAAUUCAUUUUAAAUCAGGUAAAGUGGAAUGUUCAUGUAGAUGGUUGUAUAUUCAGUCUAACUAGAAUCAUACAUAUGAUCUGAUUUUAAUUAAUUAGAUUGGGUUGCACGUUACACUGUCUGCAUUGUACGGCUCAAUCUCAUUGACAUAUUGCACCAAAUAUAUCACAAAAGAACUAUCAGCUAAAAAGUAACAACAGGUCUCCAGGUGUCAUCAAAGGGAAUAUGUGAUUCAUUAAAAGUGUGCCUUAAUUGUGAAUGUAACAGUACAAGUAUAUGCCAAAUACACAAGACAUUUGCUUUACUGAUGUAUAUGUGCAUCCAAUAUUCUCGCUUAUCUUUGUGGGAGAACAAGUUAUUGAAACUAAUGUUUAGCUGGUAAUGGCAAUGAAAAUAAACUUAUUUUGGCACAUCAAAUUCUUUCAGGGUUGUAUGUUGUAAACCAUUUGAAGUAGGGUUACUAGGACAAUAUUUGCUUCAUUUUUUUGCCAGAGGACCUGACGAGGACCUCUGGAAUUUGGACCACCUUGUCAUCCGCGAGGAAUCGUGGUUCUAAGAAAUCGCUCGGACAGAGGAAGCAUAGUUGUGUUUGUCCUACACUUAUGAACGUCGUUUGCACACACCAUGUACUCUCACCGACAGACAGUUAAAUUCAAACUUAGAAGUACAGGGGCCACUUUCACAAAUCUUCCGCAGGCAUAUUUCACCUAACUUUUAUUUUAUUAAAGAUGUCUUAGGUUAUAGCACCAAAAGGCAACAUAAAUUAUGAGAAAAGUUAUGGAAAUAAAUUAAAGAAUGUUUGUGAAAGUGUGACCAGACGCAGACAGACAGUCUCUACAAGCACUACCAGGUAAUAUUAUACAUGUAUUUCUACAAUGCUGUAUUGUUAGCUUGGAUACUGAACAUUUACAACCAUGGUGUAACAAUUACGAGUCAUCAGUCCUUCAUGGCCUUGUCAGACCAAAAGACAAAAAAGGCAACUCGACAGACAGACAUGUAUUUAGACAGUAUUGACAUACCAGAGCAGAUGAACCUGGGUGUAACAAUCUGGACAUUAUUAAAAUGGCACUUUCAUACGAAAGAGAACUAACUUCUCAGAUUAUACAAAACAGUGGUUUAAACAAAACAGGAGAUCAACAUACAACAAAAAGUUGAAGAUUACAACCUACAGACAUGUAAGCGCGCGUUGCAUGUCACGUGUCAUGUGAAUAGUAUUUGCCUUAAAAUCCGGCUCUGAAAAAAUAUAUUUUAGAGGCACAUGUAGCUAAAAGGUCAUAAAUAAAAUAUUACUUUUGUUCCUAAAACUCAUAUUCUUUCAGUAGGAUAUCACCCUACAUUCCAACAAGCCUUUAAACUACUAUUCAAAGAUGAUGGAACUCGGAAUCCGGCAAAGUGAUUAAAUUAAUUUAGUCAUGCAUGGUCGGUAUUUGAUAUCGCAUACAUGUACAUUUAAAAUCUGCACUUAAAAAGCACCAAUAUUUAGUUUACAGGGCAUAGGAAAACAGGACAGUCCUGACUUUCGUGAAACAUGACCCAAGACAAAACUGAACCUGGAAAUAUCCCAACGUAUUCCGCAGAGAAAAACUGACUUCAUACAACAUGACCACUAGAAGUCUGAUGGAACAGAAUCAUGGAAGAACAAAUACAACGAAUACUACAGGUGCCGUAUUUCCAGGUUUUGAAUUUUGCUGUGUACUUACAUGUAUAUACAUAGUAACUAUUUAAAAACAAUAUGAAAGGGGAAUAUGUUGAAUUUCAGCAGUUUCUGAACAAUGACAAUUGCAUGGAAGUCGAGUGUACUAUUAGACACGUAGCACAAUCAUACACACUUCACCAUGUACGAUUUAUCACAGUUUUCAAAUUAAGUAUGUAUAUGAACUAUUGUAAUACUACAUGUGCAUGUAUGUAUACUUCUUUGCCAAUAUAUCACAAAAUAUAUCAAUUUCCAAACACACUUUUAUCACAUGAAAAUUUAAUGGAGUUUCAUUAAGAAAACAUUGCGUUUUACAUACUGAAGGUGCUCCAUGGUAAUCUAAAAUAGUGGAUACUUGGUCACCAUGAUUGAUCACAUGGUGAUGUCAUCAAAAAGGUAGUAAAACUCACGUAAAACCCAGUUAUGCUCUUUAUAUGUAAGAUGUGCUUUCUCAUUGGUGAGUCAGCCGAAAUAUACAUAGUAAAUAUAAAUGGACAUUUUGAAUAGGAAAAGAUGAAUGAAUGAUUAUAUUAUGAUAUGGGUUAACACCACUUCAGCAAAUAUUGCUAUCGUAUCACAUAAAUACUGGUGUGUUAAUCAUGGGUGAGUCUGUCAGAAUCCCAUCACCGAAACACGUACAUGUCAUAAUCAGAAAAAACCUUAAUUCUCAUCUCUGGGUGUUUUACACUCAAUGUGAAUGUGAAGAAUGUGAAACAUUUUUUGAUGUACAGGUAUUUGUGUUUUGAGCGAUGGUACUCUGAGACAUGUCAAUAAAAUCUUGAAAGUCAACCAUAUUGCUGGAGGAAACAGCAUUUCCAGAGGAAACCAAGCACUUUGAGGAAACCAAACCUUUCCAUUAGAAUGCACUUUGCCGAGCUCACAACAACUAUGCACUCUUUACUACUAUCUGUCCAUGUGUUUUCAUUACUCAUAAACCACCCUGUUGCUUUCCAACAAAAUAAUCCCAAGUGUAAAG